CUCCAUGGUUACUGCAACUGAGUCAAAGACUCUGAAACCUCAGGAGGACCAGCCAGCAAUGUGCAAAGCUGGAGGAAAGACUAACACUACUCAGACAGACCAGGCAACAAAGGUCAAAGGUGAACAGGACCUGGACAUUGACACAGACUGGUCAGAGAGUGACUAUGAUAGUGACGAUGGAUUCAUAACUGAAGAAGUAUGGCAAAAGCGGAAAGAGGACAAUGAGAAGAAAAGACAAAACAAAGAUUACACAGUUACACCAUUACCGAAUACAGAUAGGAUUGAUGGAGAGAUCUCAAGAGAAAAGAUUGGAAAGAUAAACCAAGAGCAGAGGGCUGCAGCGGAGGGAAAGACUCAGAACCCUCAGACAUAUCAGCCAGUAAAGGUCAAAGGUGAAAGUGACCUGACAAGUGGGGGAAUGAACCAAGAGAAGACAGAGAUAGAGGUCCUUCAGGGGUCUCGUCAGGAACAGCCAGCUAAGUGUAAAGGCAUGGCCAAGGUCCCCCCGGUUCAGCAGGCCAAAGUGAGUACCAAAAGUGAGAUUGUCCAAAAGAAAGAUGGGAAUGACAAAGUGACAGAGCCAAAGACAGAUGCAGAGCUCAUUAUGGAAAAAUAUGAGAGGAUGGUGGAAGAAGGGAAACGGGGGCUUGGUCAGAAGGAAAGGAGAGAUAAAGAGAUGGCCAAAGGGACAGAGGGAAAGAAAAAGGAGGUGUCUAAAGAAGAGCAGAGCAGGCUGAGGAAUGAGAAGGCCCUGCAGGAUCACAUGGCCAGGGUAGAGAAUCAGGAAGGGACAAGCAAACAGACCAGACAACCACAGUGUAAAGGUAGGACCAGGCAAAGUGACAUGGGACUCUAACACAAAACAUUGAAUUAUCUGUGGUUUAAUAGCGAAGAGCACCAUUGCUCUCUCCCAAAAGUUAGGUUGGUGCGAAAAACCUGUAAAUUCAAAUAAGUCAAACAGUGCGAUGGUCUGCACUCGAAAAGAUGUCACAUAAAGCUUACGUCAUUUUUAGAUUUAAAAAAUAUAUAUUUUAACUGCAUCAGGGAUGGCGUACACAGAUGUUUCGGCUUUGCAGCCUUCUUCAGGGUGGUUUAGCAUCACUCAGACGACGCCAUCUUAAUCCACAUGGGGAGGCUAAUAAAACUAUUACAUUUAAGUAACAGCAGUGUAUCUCACUAAGGUACUGAGUUAUGUGUGACUGCAGUUUAUUAACACAGUACUCCUCUAGUGCAUUGAAACAGCUUAUAGGCCUUAACUAUACUUUUAUUGCUGUGUGUUAUCGUCCUAUCAAGUCUCCAUUCAUGUAUAAUCCUUUCUGUCCUUAGAUUACUCUAUUUUCACUGCAUCAGGGCUAAAGAGCAAGGACCCGCAUGAUCAACAGCCAGUAAAAUGCAAAGGUAAAACAUGAAGGGGGAUAGAGAGGGACAGACUUUUCACAAAGUAUUUGAUGGCACAGUGAGGUAUAGGUAAAAAGGAUGAGAGAUAUAGAGAGAGAGAGACAAAGAGAGAAAAAGAGAGGCAGACAGACAGACAGAGCAAGACAGACAGACAGACAGACAGAGACAGAGAUAGAGGCAGACAUACAGUAAAUUAACAUAUCUCAUAGUGAGAGAACCACACCAGACUCAUCCUUCAUCUCAUAGUGAGAGGACUACAUCAGACUCAUCCUUUCAUCUCAUAGUGAGAGAACCACAUCAGACUCAUCCUUUCAUCUCAUAGUGAGAGAACCACAUCAGACUCAUCCUUUCAUCUCAUAGUGAGAGAACCACAUCAGACUCAUCCUUUCAUCUCAUAGUGAGAGAACCACAUCAGACUCAUCCUUUCAUCUCAUAGUGAGAGAACCACAUCAGACUCAUCCUUUCAUCUCAUAGUGAGAGAACCACAUCAGACUCAUCCUUUCAUCUCAUAGUGAGAGAACCACAUCAGACUCAUCCUUUCAUCUCAUAGUGAGAGAACCACACCAGACUCAUUCUUUCAUCUCAUAGUGAGAGAACCACAUCAGAUUCAUCCUUUCAUCAAGCAUUCAUCAAGCAUUUCUCAGACUUGACGUACAGGUCAUGCUCCAACAGUCACCCAAAUACCUUGCGC